UCUUCCAACAAUGGAGGCUGCCUGAAGCUAGGAUCAUCUCAUCUCUUCUUUGCCGCAACCAACAUCCACUCUGAUUCCAUCAACUUUCCGCUGCCACCUGCUGGAACUCCUUCCUUCUCGGGUUCAGUCUUCAAUCAAGCAAUGGAGAGGCUUAUCACCAACAGAAAGAAAAGUGAAUUCGGUCAGACCCAAGUCAAAUAUUUGGGGCAUGUUAUAUCCCGAAAGGGCGUGGAGAUGGAUGAAGAUAAAAUAAAGGCCAUAAUAGAUUGGGAACGGUCGAGGACAGUCAAAAGCUUAAGGGGGUUUUUGGGAUUGACUGGGAACUACCGACGAUUUGUAAGGGAUUACGGGAAGAUAGCAAAACCGUUGACGGAAUUGUUAAAAAAAGGGGGGUUCUCGUGGAGCACAAAUGCUGAGGCAGCUUGGAAGACGUUCAAGGAGGCUAUGACGACGGCACCUGUGCUAACGCUGCCAGAUUUUGGGCGACCCUUCCACAUCGAGUGCGAUGCAUCCGGACGGGGAGUGGGAGCAGUCUUGAUGCAGGAUAAAAAGCCAAUAGCUUAUUUCAGCAAAGCACUGUCUGAGGGGAAGCUGAGCAAGUCGAUAUAUGAGAAGGAAUUGAUGGCAUUGGUGCUGGCCAUACAACAUUGGAGACCUUACCUUGUCGGACAGAAGUUCAUCGUUCACACCGACCAGAAGAGCCUUCGCCAUUUGUUGGAGCAGCGAAUUACAACUCAAAGCCAACAGGACUAGAUCACAAAAUUGU